UGACUGGGAGCCCCAGACACCAGUCCCUGGAAGGAGACUCACCUGGCACCUGCGAGCAGCCUCCACUCCCAGUAGCAAUGGAGAAAACGGGCUUCUCUCUGGUCCUCGCCUUGGCUCUUGUGACCCUCAGCACCUCUUCACAGCAAAAGUGCACCCUGACUGGAACCUGGCGGAACGACCUGGGCUCUAACAUGACCAUCUCUGCCGUGAACGAGGCCGGGCAGUUCUCAGGGUCGUACCUCACAGCGGUGUCAGCCGCAGGAAAGCCGAUCCUCGUGUCGCCCCUGAACGGAUCCCAGCACAUCGACAACCUGGGGCAGCCGACCUUCGGGUUCACUGUCACGUGGAGCUUCUCAAACUCGACAACCGUCUUCGUGGGCCAGUGCUUCGUGGAUGAUCAGGGGAAGGAAACUCUGCAGACCAUGUGGCUGCUGCGAGAGAGGGUCGAAUCCGCAGAGGAUAACUGGAAAGCGACCACGGUCGGCACAAACGUUUUCACCCGGAUCAAGUGACGGAACGUGGGCAAAGCCGUGAGGAGCGAC